AUGAACAGGACUAUCAAUUGCGCAGAUUUUGCCAACAGACGAGAUGACCAAGUGUACUUCCAAAGCGUGCGAGAGGCUAGUGAAAACUGGAACGAAACUAUUGACCUCUGCGCGAAGGAGGUCUGCGGAGCCUUGUUGGGCGGGAGGGGAAAUGCUGAUAUAUCGGGCGUCGGAGUAUUGAUCGGCUACUUCGCACAGAAUGUUAUUGGGUUUGUCUUGACCGCCGUUAUCUUUACAUACUUCCUGCAAAAUCCGCCUAGUUCUCGGUCUAGAAGGUGGACGAAACACAUCACAUAUGUCAAGGGAGCUCUAGAAGCGUACCAGAGCUGUUCGAUCUUUUUCAGUGCCUCGAUCCAACUCGUUACUGUGAUAUUUCAUGCAAGGAAGGACUUCGGCGGAGGAAUCAAGAACAUAACGAUCAUAAGUGGCCACGAGAUUGAGAUUGGCUGGAGCGUCAGCCUUCUCAUAUUCGUUCCCUUGUUCUAUCAGUUCUCGAUUCCAGAUAGCUUUCUCAAACGGCGAGGUUUGAAUAUAGUAUUCGUCUCUUUGUGCGGACUAUUUCACCUGUACAUAUUCCUCUCACGGGUCUACGCCUUUUCCGCGCCCGAGCCUGUCGGAACGGUUGUCUCGCAACCAGAACUGGAUGCCCUUCAGGCAAGAUGCCGCCAGCCGGAGAGAACGCUCUCGAAUUACGAACGAAAGGUGUCAGCUAUCAUCUAUUUUACCGGCUCGUCGUUAUUAUUCCUAAUUCUCUUAUACAAAUCCACGGCCAUGACAAAGAAAGCGCUCCUAAGAUAUCAUGCACCUUACCACAGAAAGGCUCGGGGCUUUUUUUAUUUUGGAAUCCUUCCGCUGAUAGCGUUCAGCCAGAUCUGGUUCAUACUUCGAGUACGCAUGGAGCAGAAAGAAAUGGCAAAAUACCUAGGACUGGAUUUCUUAGAUGAUAAUUGGGGAUUUGGACAAAUAAUUGCUCUUCUUAUAUGGAUGCCAGUGGUAGUUGAGUAUCUGUACCAAUAUUACAGUGAUGUCGAACCAAGCCUGGGCGCAAACGUGGUUCCGUACCAACAAAACCAAUUUUCUAGCACUACGGUGGUGAUGGCGCCCCUGCAGUCACCCCGAACGCAAGGGUAA